CCUCCUUCUCCCCAAAGUCUGUCUCGACCAUGCCUGCGUCCGACGGUCUUCAACCCCAGCUCUCGGCGGAAGAACGCGCAAUCGUCAAGUCGUACGGCGGGUGGACGGCCUUCUGUAUUGCGUUCGGCCUCAAGCCGUGGAAUAGCGACGAGAACGACGAGGCAAAGGCGAUCGUGCAGCAGCUUGCGCGCAACGACGACGACGAGCAGUAGCAACAGGGUUUCACAGCGCGGCGCGUGCAGCAGCUUGCUAGGAUGCAAGCGCACCCUGCGCCAUCGACCACCUCUCCGACGUCACUUGGCCGAUACCGAAGCAGCGCCAACCAUGCGAACCGUUCUCUCGUCA